GUCUUCUUGUGGGAACAUUAGACGUGGUUUUGGAUUCCAGUGCCAGAGUUGCCCCGUACCGUAUUCUGCACCAGACUCAGGACUCUCAAGUGUAUUGGGCAGUGGCGUGCGGAUCAUCUCGUAAAGAGAUCACAAAGCAUUGGGAAUGGCUGGAGAAUAACUUACUACAGACUCUGUCCAUCUUUGAUAACGAAGAAGAUAUCACCACCUUUGUCAAAGGCAAGAUACAUGGAAUUAUUGCUGAAGAGAACAAGAAUGAGCAGCCCCAGAGUGAGGAGGAUCCAGGUAAAUUCAAAGAGGCUGAACUGAAGAUGCGGAAGCAGUUUGGGAUGCCCGAGGUGGAGAAGUUGGUCAAUUACUAUUCUUGCAGCUAUUGGAAGGGACGUGUACCCAGGCAGGGUUGGCUCUACCUCACUGUCAAUCACCUCUGUUUCUACUCCUUCCUUCUGGGCAAAGAGGUGACACUGGUGAUCCAGUGGGUGGAUGUAACCCAGCUAGAAAAAAAUGCUACACUGCUGUUCCCUGAGUGCAUUAAAGUAAGCACAAGGGACAGUGAACUUUAUUUUUCCAUGUUUCUCAACAUCAAUGAGACAUUCAAGCUGAUGGAGCAGUUGGCUAACAUUGCGAUGCGGCAGUUAUUGGAUAAUGAGAGCUUCCUACAGGACAAGUCCCUCCCGAAGCCCAGGAAACCUCUUAAGAACAUCUCUGCAUUAAAAAGAGACCUGGAUGCUCGAGCCAAAAAUGAGUGCUACCGUGCCACUUUCCGGUUGCCCAAGGACGAAUGCCUGGAUGGACAUACAGACUGUACCUUGUGGACGCCAUUCAACAAGAUGCAUAUUCCUGGGCAGAUGUUUGUUUCCAACAAUUACAUCUGUUUUGCCAGCAAGGCAGAGGAGGCCUGUCAUCUCAUCAUUCCCCUGAGGGAGGUGACAAUAGUUGAGAAAGCAGAUAGUUCCAGUGUCUUGCCCAGCCCUCUGUCCAUCAGCACUAAAAGUAAAAUGACCUUCUUCUUUGCCAAUCUGAAAGACCGAGAUUUCUUGGUACAGAGAAUCUCUGACUUCUUGCAGAGAACGCCAUCCAAGAAACCGUGCGGCAGUGACAGGGAAUGGAAGUGGAAUUUGGCUGACGCUGGUUGCGAGGAGGUUCCAGAGUUGCCUUCCAGCAGCCCACUUGCAGUUAGCCCCACAUCUGCUCUCAGCAAUCGACCUGUCAACUUCUGUGCUGGGGAAGUGCCAACAGCCUCGCAGGGACUGCUUAAACUCUUCAGAAGAAGUUCCGAAGAGCUCUUGGGACCCAAAGGAGCAAAGGAGAAGAUGAAGGAAGAGUCUUGGAACAUUCACUUCUUUGAGUACGGGCGAGGGAUGUGUAUGUAUCGCACUGCCAAGACUAGGGAGUUGGUGCAAAAAGGAAUCCCAGAGAACCUUCGUGGAGAGCUGUGGCUCCUUUUUUCAGGGGCUUGGAAUGAGAUGGUGACUCAUCCUGGUUACUAUGCAGAUCUUGUGGAAAAGUCAAUGGGAAAGUACAACCUUGCUACAGAGGAAAUUGAGAGAGAUCUGCACCGUUCUAUGCCAGAACAUCCUGCCUUUCAGAAUGAGUUGGGAAUUGCUGCCCUCCGUAGAGUCUUAACAGCUUAUGCAUUCAGAAAUCCAACAAUUGGGUACUGUCAGGCCAUGAACAUUGUUACAUCAGUACUGUUGCUAUACUGCAACGAGGAAGAGGCUUUCUGGCUUCUAGUGGCUUUAUGUGAGCGGAUGUUGCCAGAUUACUACAACACAAGAGUAGUGGGUGCAUUGGUGGACCAAGGCAUCUUUGAAGAACUUACACGAGAGUCUCUUCCACAGCUGUCAGAAAAGAUGCAGGAUCUGGGAGUGAUUUCCACCAUAUCCCUUUCCUGGUUUCUCACUCUCUUUCUCAGUGUCAUGCCGUUUGAGAGUGCCGUGGUCAUUGUCGACUGUUUUUUCUAUGAGGGAAUCAAGUUUAUCUUGCAGGUGUCACUGGCCAUACUUGAUGCCAACAUGGAGAAGUUGUUACAGUGCUGUGAUGAAGGUGAAGCCAUGACUAUUCUGGGCAGAUAUUUAGACAAUGUAGUUAACAGACAGAGCGUCUCUCCUCCUAUUCCCCACUUGCAUGCCUUACUGACGAGUGGAGAUGAACCGCCACUUGAAAUCGACAUCUUCGAACUCAUCAAAACAUCCUAUGAGAAAUUCAGCAAUCUGAAGGCAGAUGACAUUGAACAAAUGCGUUUUAAACAAAGGCUGAAAGUGAUCCAGUCUCUCGAGGAUACAGCCAAGAAGAGCGUGGUCCGAGCUGUGUCUAGUGACAUUGGCUUCUCUAUCGAAGAACUAGAAGAGCUGUAUGUAGUGUUCAAGGCGAAGUAUCUGAUGAGCUGUUACUGGGGAAAUAACCGUGCUGCAGCUGCCCGCCGAGAUCAGAGUUUACCCUACCUGGAGCAGUAUCGCAUAGACAUGGAGCAGUUCAAAGAGCUGUUCAUCAGUUUGACCCCCUGGUCCUGUGGUGCACAUACGCCUGUGCUAGCAGGGCGUUUGUUCCGGCUUCUCGACGAGAACAGGGAUUCGCUCAUUAACUUCAAGGAAUUUGUGACAGGGAUGAGUGGGAUGUACCACGGUGACCUCACUGAAAAACUCAAAGUACUUUACAAACUGCAUCUGCCUCCUGCUCUGAAUCCAGAGGAGACAGAGUCUGCUUUGGAGGCCACAAGUUAUUUCACAGAGGAUGUCACAACAGAAGAAACCCAAGAAGAUAAAGGAAGGAGAAAUGAGAACGGUCCAGAAAAAGAGGAGAAGGGUACCAGUCCACAGGACUACAGAUACUACCUAAGAAUGUGGGCCAAGGAGAAAGAGUCUAGGAAAGAAACCAUUAAAGAUCUCCCCAAAAUGAGCCAGGAACAAUUCAUAGAGUUAUGCAAGACCCUUUACAACAUGUUCAGCGAGGACCCGGUGGAGCAAGAGCUGUACCAUGCAAUUGCUACUGUAGCCAGUCUCCUCCUGCGAAUUGGGGAGGUGGGGAAAAAAUUCUCCAACAGGCCCAUGAGAAAGUCUGAGGACUGCAAAGUAAACAAUACCCAAGAUCAUGUGAGUGAAGAGGAGUCACCAACCUCUGAACAGAGUCAGAUUCCAGCAGUGGAGCAGCAACCCCAAGCUGACCAUGAGGACAAAACCUGUGGAGAUGCUCAGCCUGAAAAAGCACAGCAGGAGAACCAAACUCUAGGAGAUGGGUCAGGGGAAGGACAAGCCUCUCCUUUACAGCUGCUAUCAGAUGAUGAAACCAAAGAUGAUAUGUCCAUGUCUUCCUACUCCAUGGUCAGCACAGGCUCCCUGCAGUGUGAAGACAUUGCAGAUGACACGGUCCUGGUGGGUUGUGAAGGCAGUAGUUCAGCUGCCAGGUAUGGCAGUACCAUUGAUACUGACUGGUCUAUCUCCUUUGAGCAGAUCUUAGCUUCCAUGCUGACGGAAACAGCCCUUGUAAACUACUUUGAGAAGAAGGUCGACAUUCUCCAAAAGAUCAAAGAUCAGAAGAAGGUAGAGAGGCAGUUCAGUUCAUCCAGUGACUAUGAACUUUCCUCUGUGUCAGGGUGA